AUGACGUCUUCCGCCAAGGCAGGUUCUGCUACGGCUUGGAACAACAGAACCUUCGUCAAGGACUGUGCCGUCUUCGCUAGCGACGAGUUCAGCCCCGUCCUUGCUGCAGGGAAGCCCCUAGGCACAAACCUCCCAAAGAUUGGCGCUCGAAUCUUUAGCUUCAGAGCUGCCGAUACGGAUCCGUGGAUAGGCUUUGUCCUCGAAUUCCCUUUGGGGAAGAGUCAAGAAAGCAACGAUGACUCUGGUUUUGGCGUCCGCUACCACUUUGAUCGAGCGCCCAAUGCAGGUGGCAAGGACGGCCCCUCCGGACCUGGCAUUCGGCAACUUGACAUGCACAGGAUUACCGUCAAGUUUCCUCGCGGCGAUGUCGCCUUUUCCUGCCACGAAGCGAAGCCAGAGCAGCUCGCUGUCUUCCCAAACGCCAAGAAUGUGAAGAAGGGCUUGACAAUAGUUUCGGCCAUGCUGAGAAGCCCUGCCCGAGUGGAUGGAUUUGGCAUACCAUUCGCAAAUCCAGAGGACCAGGAACUCGAGGGUUGGGUAAACGACAACCAGCCCAUCGUCGACGGCGUGUCGCUUCUCGACUUUCUAAGUCGAGACACCUUCCAUUUCCUAGUCGACUACCAGCUUCGGGAGACGAAAUGGGAGCUAAGGGAGGAACUACUCCCUCCCUCUUUCCAUUACCCGUACGGCGACCAACAUGAUUGGAAGCCGGAAAGGUAUAAGCGGCUCUUGGAGACAGCAAAGAGCGAUCGGCAAUUUUUGCCUGCCUAUUCAUAUCCUGAUGACAACGCUCAUCUGGCGGUAGUGACACAAGCGAACAUCCAGGAUAUCUUCUGGCUUCACCUAGCCGCAGAGGAAAUCGCAAAACGCCGAUUCCCAGCCUACUUUGUGCCGAUCGGAUUCGCUGGUCCCUCCGACGCCAAGACCUUCUACGCUAUCGUCGCUCUGACGCCGCAAUUCAAGGCAAAGUAUGAGGCUCCUUGGCGUCGACUGGCCAAAGGCGGGGUGUUGCGCGUCAACCUCUACGGCACCGCCGAGCAGGUAGAGCCCGAGGCCUGCUGGGACGCCAUGCUGGUUGAACAUCCGGAAGGUGUUCAGCUCCUAGCGGCCCAUCCGACCGAAAAAUAUGAGGUCGUGCUCAAAGUACGACGUCCCAAGGUCGGUCCCCAGUACGCGGCCAAGACACCUACUAAUCCCGAAGCGUUCGAGGCCAUGGAGGAUAUGUCUGCGGCGUCAAUGGCCAGUUUUUAUGAGCGCCACGGAUACCGUAUGGAUCUUCAUCGCGCUCUCAUGAGGGGGACGGGAUUUUACGAGUGGAUGACCCAGGGCGGUCCCGCCGGUGGUGAUGUGAAAGGUCAACACUCUAUUGAGGUUGACGAUUCCUCUAUCAUUAAUCAGGUAGCCGAAGCUUUGGAUUCUCGUACACUGGGCAAGUCGAAGUCUGGAGCGCUGCGAUCUCUUCCGGUAGUCAACUUUCUCAACAUCCAAGGCCAGAAAUACAUCGAGGCCUUAAUGCAGGAAGUCCUACCUGAAGAUCGUAGCAGGCUUUCCAAAUAUCUCAGUCAUAGAGCACUCGGUCUCGGCAUGGUGUUGGCAGGGCCUGGUUUUGGUAAAACGACAGUGUUAUCUGUCGCAACACUCGCCAUGCAGGCUAGGCUCGGUCCCAUCCUCGCUUCCGGCCCAUCGAACAUCGCGGUAGACAAGUUCGCCGAACGCCUGGACAGAGUCACCAAUUCUGUGUGUGACCGCUACAGUAAGGGAAAGCCCCAUGACGCUGAAGGCCAGGCACGCCGAAGGUUGGUCGUCCGCGGUUACCGUCUCGAACACGAGUACUCCGCCUUUCUGCAUUUGCUCGAGAAGCCUACCGAUGCCGACAAUGCAGCCCCGAGCCGAGAAUGGGGUAACCCGUCACAAUGGAAACUCCAUCUCUCCGUGGCGUUCUGGGCCCUCGUCUGCCUUCGAAGUCAGGCAACUGAAAACAUUCGUCAGCUUCACCCUGACGAUUGCCUAGCCUUACACAAGCUCCGUCUCAAGAUGGACAAGGACGUAGAGUACGAGCGUCUGCGAGCUGUGGCAUCUGGAGGCAUGGCCUGGGAAGAAUACCAAGGAGGACUUGGCCCGAUCCAGCCGCACCUCGUCAGCCAUGUCUUUGAAUGGAUUGUUAGCCACGCUGACAUUCUAUGUACCACUCCCGCCAUGACAACUGUGGGCAAGGCGUACCCGCGUUUUAAGGGCGAAACGGCAAGGGGGGUGGCAGUUGACGAGGCCGCCAACAUGAACCGGGCCGACCUGGCUUGCGUCUGGGGGAAUACCCUACUCCCCUGUUUACUUGGCGGCGAUCCGAGGCAAUUGCCGCCGACUAUCAUGACUGGCCAUGAAAAGGACUCCACCGGCCACUUCAUCCACCGUCUGGCAGAUGACGGCAAGAUUUCACCUCUGGCAUUCUUCCAGGCCACAGGAAUGCCCGUAUUUCGCCUACGUAAGCAAUUGCGUAUGGCCAAGGGCAUGUUUGACUGGAUUGCUGAGGAGGUUUACCCUGAGGUGAAGUUCCAGUAUGGUGCAAAUUGUACCAUCAAUCUUCCCCAGUUUAAUGUCGGCAGAGAUCUAGAAGCCUACAUCCAGGCAAGGCAUCCUGGGGUAAAGCCCUGUCCUCCCGGGCAAUUGCUCCCUGUCUUCCUGCAUUGCCAGGGCUCUCGUGUGUUUAUCGACGACAUGACCGGGUCCAAGAGAUGCCCUGGCCAGGUUAAAGCUGCUCUGGACUUUGCGACAGCCUUCGUGAAAUCCAAGAAGGCUGAUGCAGCUCGACUUGCCAUCAUUGCUCCAUACGCAGCCAACGUUCAACUGGUUGGGCAGAUGGUCAAGCAUCCCGAAUACUCGGCACUCAGGGCGAUGCCACCCGCAUCGACAGUGGACGGCUACCAGGGCGGGGAGGCGGACAUUGUUAUUGUAGUGAUGGGUACCACUUCGGCUUCUGGCCCGGGCUUUACGAGCGACGCGCAGCGUCUCAACGUCAUGUUCACCAGACAGAGAUGCGGCCUCGUGAUCGUCGGAGACCUAUAUGUCUGCGGCCCUGUCGACAAGCCUAACUUUUCGAGGAAGGUCAAGCUAGUGGACUACGAUGGGCAUGAGACCUGGACCACCGCCACUCUGCUCCGGAAAAUGUACAACAGACUGUACAAGGCUGGUCGGGUAGUCCGAGUGAGCAGCACCAUCUAG